GCUUUGAGGCUGCUGGGGGUGUGAGUGUCUCGGGACUGGACUCCAGUCCCAAAUGAUCCCUCUUCCAGCAGCCAAAGCUUCUGGCAUAGCCCGGCGCUGCCAGGCCCAGCACCCCCCAACGCUGCAGAUGGUCAAGGAGGCUCUGCGGGCCCACGAUGAGAAGAAGGGUGCCUCCGUCGUGGCCAUCAAACGCUUCAUCCUGGCCAAGUACCCCAGCGUGGACCCCAUCCGCCUCAAGUACCUGCUGAAGCAGGCGCUGAGCAAGGGGCUGAGCUGUGGGGAGCUGGUGCGGCCCCACAACUCCUCUGCUGUGGGGGCUACUGGAACCUUCAAGCUGGCACAGAAGAAACCGCGGCACAAGCUGGGCCAGGCAGACCCUGACAGAGGACAGCCCCGAAAGCCAGGACAGAAAGGGGCCACCAAGGCCCCUGUGGCAGGAGCACAACAGCCAGGUGCCACCAAGCAGCAGCCAGCAGCCACCAAGCAGCCGAAGACGAAGCCAGUGAAGGCCAAGCCUCGAGCAGCUCAGAAGCCCAGCAGUGAUAGAGCAAAGCAUGCCCAAGCUGCUGAGGAGCCCCAGGCUCGUGGCACAGGGCCUGCAGGGCCCCCAAGAGCUGCUGGCCACCGCCAGGGCCCCCGAAAAGGACGCUCAGGACCCAGCAGAGCUCUGGCUGCUGAGAGUACAGGAGAGAGUGACAGCAACAGUGACAGCUCUGCAAGCUCAGUGACACUGACAGCUGGGGUGAAGGGGCCCCAAAAAGCCCCCAGGGGAAAGAGCAAGGGGAAGGUGCCAAAGGGGGCACAGCAGAAUGCCCCCAAGGCACAGGGAGGUCAAGAUCAGGCAAAGAAAGCAGGGCCCUUCUGA